AUGCCUGGCUUCUUUCUGGCUCUCCACGAUCCUCUACAAGGACGACGGCUGGAAGCUCUCGAGCCUGACACAUCAUAUGCUAUUCGUGGCAGUGGUCAUGGCUUCAAGGUAAUUCAUGAUCAAGACCGCCACGCCGCCCUCAAAGCCCGCCUCGCCAUACUAGAUGUCCUUCCUCACAGUGUGACGUUGACAACGUUCGAGGAGCAAGGAAGCACGAUCCUAAGCCCGGGAGGGCGCCACUUCCAUCUACGCUCGUCUUCGGCACAACACAGCUACAGUAUCUUGCUUCGUGAGGAUGAUCAAUUCUUAGCGGGUGGUGAUCGUUGGGAGGUCCUCCUCGAUGACGAGGCUGGAACCCUACAUAACUCUAUGCGUCCGCCGCCCAUACCCCGACCUACACCGGAGACACAAUCUCAAGACCUUCUGCCACUGACGCAGCUUCUGUCCGAGCACAAUGACCUGCAUGCCACUACACCACCAAAAAGUACCAACGACGAGGCCAUGACGCAACCUUUAUCUGAGCUCGACGAUGUUCCGACCACCGUCCUACCCGGGAGCACUCCAGACGAGCCUCCGACCAAUUCGCCAGAGCAAGGCUUUCAACAGUCCGACCACGACGACGCACCCGCCUUCGUACCUACACAGAGUACUCCAGAUGACAGCCCAGACAAGCCGCCGAAGGAAGUAGUUCAAUUGGGUCCUGAGAGCUCAGUAGCGACCACGACGCAAACCUUAAUUACUGCUACGCCAACGACUCCUGCUACCGACUACGACCGCGAGACCCCCGAUAAUGAAGUGGACCUCGACGACAAUGUCAUCGUUGUCUCACCUAGCGACCAACCACAAGACCACGUCUGCAGCACUCUACCCGAGCCAAGUACUGUGCGCGAACGUACCCGAAAGUCGUCGUCCAAGAGGUCAAGCUCUAACACAGCCAGUACACGCGCGUCCAAACGUCAGAAGAGCAUGUACAACGACCCAUCAAGUGGAUGCCCGACAAAAAACAUCGCGUCGACUGAAUCGUCAAGCGGAUGGUCGACAAAAGGUGCUACUUCGCAUCCGGUUGUCUAUAUGGCCAGCACGACGAACGUUGGCGAGGAGAGGAGGGUCAUGCGCAAAUUCGAAAAGAUGGGCGGGCGAAUCACAACGAACAUCGUCGAAGCCGACGUUCUGUGUGUUGGUGAUGGACCUCUGCUUCGGAGUGGGAGCCUCAUGCUAGCAAUCUGCAGUGGCAAGGACAUCGUCACAGAGGCAUGGCUGAGAGCUUCCGUGGACGACUCAACCUUCUUGCUACCAGACCGAUAUAUUCCCAAGGAUGAAGCGCACGAGAAGGCCUGGCAGUUCACUCUGGAAGGCGCCAUCGAUCGCGGACGCGCCGGCUUAAGCCAUAUCUUGGAAGGUCGCGUGGUGUAUAUCACAAAACGCCUACAGCAGAGCCUCAACGACAAGCUCGUAUUGGAGCUGAAAAACGUCGCGACUGCAUUGGGUGCCGAGGAGGUCAAGACAUCCGCGCCAAGCAAGAAGGCAAUGGCAGAAUUCUCAGACUCGAUGCUUGUGAUCGGCCACAGCAGCACGGAUCCGUACGCCAGUAAGGUUGUGGAUGCAGGCAUCGCAUUGUACAGUAAGGACUUGAUCAGCAUGGCUGUUUUGAGGGGUCGGCUGGAGCUUGAGGAGUUUGUGUACGUUCCUGGUGUCAAGUCGGAGCCCGCCUGA